CUGACCCGAGAGGGAGGGCUCUGUGAACAGGGUGCAGCGAGCUGUCAAUAUUGUUCCGUGUGAAGUUGAGUAAAUGACUGUAUGGCUGCAGAUCUCAAUGGAAGUGAUUCCCUUUUAAAUCACGCCUUCUGCUUUGUUUUCGGUGCGUAAAACACUGUUUAAACGGCUUAAACGGCUCAUCAAAACGUUAUUUACAACUAUCACAUGAUGCCUCAUUAUAUGAUAAGUUGUAACUUGAGGCUAUAGGGAUGACAUCUUCCGGAUAGUGUGAAAUCGCCGAGGCUCUAAUUGAAGGGAUUUCUUCGUAGUGUUUGAUGCAUAAUAGACGUGGGAAUCAGUACGUUGUGGAGGAAGUCAAUCGCACACAUGUUGCAACUAAGCGCAACUUUCGAUUUGCAGCAGGAUGUUGUGUCAAGUAUAUUUAAGAAAGAGGCGACUGUAGGAAGAACCGAAGAAUACUCAGGGAUCGUUGACACUCGGAUCCUCAACAUUGAAAGGGAUGGAGGAGUCCUCUACUCCUGGAAAGGGGCAACAGGGACCACCAGGAUCGGGAAAUACGACCCCAAUACCAGACAGAAUAAGCUCCUCUACACAUUUGACAAGCAGGUGUGUGUCAGCAGCUGUUCUCUGAAUAAGGAGGAGACUCUGCUGGCGGUCAGUUUGGCACAGAGGACAAGAACAGAGGAGCGCCUUAGACCAGUUUCAAAAUGUCUGACCCUCCUCAUUGAGAUCCAUCCCAUUAACAACACUAAGGUCCUGAAGGCUGUCGACUGCCGGGUCAGAGUUCAGUUCAUCCAUCCAGACACAGAGAGGGACUCAGUGCUGGAGAGUCACCUGCUGCUGGUAGCAGAAGAUGGCUAUGUGGAGCAGCUCCAUGUGAUGCUGGUCAGACAAGAGGGUUACAGAGUGGUGAUGUUGAACCCAGAGUGCCUGGCCAAAGACAGGGUGGCAGAGGAGUUCAGCUGGGUCCAGUGGGACAGCCAGACACAGAGACUCUUCUACCUCACACACAGGGAAAAAGCUGUGCUGAAAUGUGUGCAAUUCUACCAUGACCAAAACUGUGAGACCUUGUUUGAGCUUGAACUGGAGUUGCCCUCUAACCCUUUCACCUGUAUGAGGUUUGUUAACCUGGGCUUUGACCAUCACCAAGAGACACAGCAUGAACGGGAGGAGAUGAGGAUGCUGGUGAUCACCAAUAAAACAGAGGGGAGUAUGUGUGUGUGUUACAGCCAGCCUGCUUGUGCCAACCAGGAGAUCACAUACACCAUAGUCCUGGUGCACAGAGGCUGCAGUAAAACGUUCUCAGUGGCUCUGGAUGGCACCCCUAGUCCAUGUAGUACAGACCUCCUCCCUCUCUUCAUCCCUAUAGGUUACUAUGUGGUAGUCUACCUGGCUGGUCACUUCCUGCACUGCAUCAACACCAGACAACAGGAGCUGCUCUGCCACAGUCUCUUCCUCUCAGGUGUUGAUGCAGAGCUGGGUGUGUUGGGAUCAGACAGUGUGGUGUUGUCUCUACCUGAGUCCUCUCUGCUGGACCUGAACACAGGCAGGAUGUACACUGUAGACCUCAACCCCUCCUUCCUAAUGGACCUACUGCACUGCAGCCACAGUAGACCUGAUGCUCAACGUCUGGCUGCCCUGCACUGUCUGCUGCUCUACAUGGGACCCAACGCUGCACUACAACUGAAGAUCAUAGAUUGGAUCUGUGACAAUGUCAUGCCGUUCGACACCUUCGAUCAAAUUCAGGAAUUUAUUCUGGCGUCACUGUACAGGAUCAUCUAUAAGAAGUGCCUCAGUCUGGAUGAAGUCCUGCCCUACUCCUCUGUGUUUGAGAAGAAGAAGGUACCUGAGGGUCUAGACCUGGUCCCUGGUGUCACCUGCACCACAGAGCUCCAUGCUGAACCAGUGUUCAAAGGAAAGGCCAGACGUCUCCAGGGCUAUUGGGAAGAGCUGCAGUGGAGCACAGAAAAGAUGAAGUACUUUGAGGCAGUUCCAAACCUACGAUACAGAGCAUCUCAGAGCCUGUCAGACUGGACCAAGCUGCUCACUACCCUGAAGUCGGAGAACAAGAAGGCUUCUAACUAUCUGCGUCACAUUGAGGAGAACACUAAACAAGUUCUGUCGAUGGUGGACAGCUGGAAUCUUGAUCAGAAAGUGGUUCCGUUGUUCCAGGAGCAGGAUAGCCAGCAGAGGGCGCUCAUAGGCCUGAUGGUGGACAAGCUGAGAGAGCACCUCAACAGACACCUGCCUCGUCUGGGGAAGAAGAAGAUCGACGUGCUGGUGGUGAACUACGUGGCCAAGCUGCUGGAGCUGAUCAGACGCAUGCUGCAGUCUGUGUGGCUGAAGUACAAACUGGGCCCUCUGGUGCUGUGCUUAAAGCAGCAGGGGAGUUCAGCGGAGUGGGCAGUGUUUCACGUGAUGUGUCGGAUACUGGAGGCUACAAACACUCUGUGUCUCCCCCUCCCUCCUGGGUAUCACACUCUCCUGUCCGUGUUGGGGGUUCGCUGUCUCCCCAGACACACCUUCCUGCAGUAUGUUGACCAUGGUGUGCUGCAGCUCACUGAGACCUUCGUCUCACGACUCAUGACAGAUCUAGACAACAAUGAUGCCAACGAGGAGCUGAAGUUCAGCAUUCUGAAGAGACUACCGGAGGUAAAAGUUACAUUUCUCUCAAAGGUGUUAAUUGCAUUGUGUAGUUGCUGAUGUUUGUUACUUCCAGCUGUCUAAGCAGUCCGGUAAAGGUGUUAAUUGCAUUGUGUAGUUGCUGAUGUUUGUUACUUCCAGCUGUCUAAGCAGUCCGGUAAAGGUGUUAAUUGCAUUGUGUAGUUGCUGAUGUUUGUUACUUCCAGCUGUCUAAGCAGUCCGGUAAAGGUGUUAAUUGCAUUGUGUAGUUGCUGAUGUUUGUUACUUCCAGCUGUCUAAGCAGUGGAAUGUCAUUUUUUUUGUUGCCAAUCAGAGGAUUCUUGGACUGUUGUUGCAGCCAAGAGAGGAAGUGAAGAAGGUACAACAGAGAAACACAGACACAUUCCUUCUGCUGUUCAUUCUCAUAUUCAUAGGGGGGAUUCCGACCCGAGUUAAGCGAGUGUAAAUGGAACGUAAUUCCCUUUAGAUGCACUUCUCUCUACGCAUAUUCUGACCUCGGUUUGGUUUGGGGUGGAGACUAGAGUGUGGUGGAGGUGUAUUCUGACCUCGGUUUGGUUUGGGGUGGAGACUAGAGUGUGGCGGAGGUGUAUUCUGACCUCGGUUUUGUUUGGGGUGGAGGCUAGAGUGUGGCGGAGGUGUAUUCUGACCUCGGUUUGAUUUGGCGUGGAGGCUAGAGUGUGGUGGAGGUGUAUUCUGACCUCGGUUUGGUUUGGGGUGGAGGCUAGAGUGUGGUGGAGGUGUAUUCUGACCUCGGUUUGGGGUGGAGACUAGAGUGUGGCGGAGGUGUAUUCUGACCUCGGUUUGGUUUGGGGUGGAGGCUAGAGUGUGGUGGAGGUGUAUUCUGACCUCGGUUUUGUUUGGGGUGGAGGCUAGAGUGUGGUGGAGGUGUAUUCUGACCUCGGUUUGGUUUGGGGUGGAGGCUAGAGUGUGGCCGAGGUGUCUACAGAUACGUCGUAUUCUGACCUUGAUUUAAUUCCCUCAUAAUUCCACCACCUUUACGCGUGAUGAAACCAUGAAUAAGGUCUAGUGAACCUACUGGUCUCAAGUGGGACAGUGAAAUAGGCUAUAAAUAGCUGAGCCGUUAUUCAGAAUUUUAAUUGUAUGCCCUCAUAAUUUGCGUGGAUGAAAUGUGGAGAUCCAAGCUACAGGCUUAUGUAGGGCUGAACCUGCUAACUUGAUGUAUGCGCUUUCAAAUGUUUUAUGACUGGGCUUUUCGCCGUUGUAUUUGACAAUUUGUAUCAUGUUAAAUAUUAGGCACUAUCAGGAGCCACCAUCAGUAAUACCCACAUACAUUUAUAAGUGUUAGUUUUCUUCAAUUUGUACCUUACAUUUUGCAUCAUUCCAUUCUGUUGAGCUUUAUUUCCUCUGUCACAUCAGUGUAGUUGUUCCUGAAGGUCUCGAGCAUUACUGGAUCAUAUUAGACUAACGUUGUGCAAUAAUGUAGGACAUGUAGCCUAUUAGAACAUUAUGGAACUCAGACCACACGUAGCAGGUUAAACCUGCAGCCUGACUCACGGUUCACCACGCCUGGACCGGUGUGAGAAUCAGGGUAGACUCACGGUUCACCACGCCUGGACCGUUGUGAGAAUCAGGGUAGACUCACGGUUCACCACACCUGGACCGGUGUGAGAAUCAGGGUAGACUCACGGUUCACCACGUCUGGACCGGUGUGAGAAUCAGGGUAGACUCACGGUUCACCACGCCUGGACCGGUGUGAGAAUCAGGGUAGACUCACGGUUCACCAAGCCUGAACCGUUGUGAGAAUCAGGGUAGACUCACGGUUCACCACGCCUGGACCGUUGUGAGAAUCAGGGUAGACUCACGGUUAACCACGCCUGGACCGGUGUGAGAAUCAGGGUAGACUCACGGUUCACCACGCCUGGACCGGUGUGAGAAUCAGGGUAGACUCACGGUUCACCACGCCUGGACCGGUGUGAGAAUCAGGGUAGACUCACGGUUCACCACGCCUGGACCGGUGUGAGAAUCAGGGUAGACUCACGGUUCACCACGCCUGGACCGGUGUGAGAAUCAGGGUAGACUUAUAGGACUAUUGUUCAGGGUCUGAUUCAGUGUUUAAUAGUCACAUGUACAGGGUUUCAGGUGUGAUUACAGGGUACAGUGAAAAUCUUAGGCUCCAAGCUCCAACAUGCAGGACUAAGGGAAAUAAAAUAAUGACAAUGGUAAUAAAACAAUAGAAAUAGCACUAUAUACAUCAUAAUAACUGUGGCAGUGAUGAAUAAUACAUGUCCACUGGGGUGGAGGCAGAGGAAAGACUGUUGAGGAGGUGGGGGAAACACUGCAGGGGA